UUUGACGUUUUGUCCAACUGGCGGAAAGCGCGUUUCUGUAUGGUUUCUUUUCAAAGCGAAAAUAGUGGUUGCUUCUUGCAAUAUUUAGUGCUGAUUGAAAGCAAAAUCGGCGAAAUUGUAUCGUAAAUUUAGUGUUUAUUCGUAGUGAAAUUGGUGGAUAAAUGGUAGCAAGUGAAAGUGCUUGAAAUUGGAUAUGCUAUCGCUGGAAAUCCUCGCCACAACGGUUGUGCCGGCAAUGGCGCUUCUGUUCGUGGGGGCCAUUGGUUUUGCAAAUCUGUUUCUCAACGUGCGAAAAAGAUUCCCAAUCCGAGUGAACUGUUGGUUCUGUAACACAAACACCAGAGUCCCGUACGAAAGCAGUAACUCGUGGUGCUGCCAGAGCUGUACCCAGUAUAAUGGAUUUACACAGGACGGCGACUACAAUCGUGAAAUUCCGGCGCAGUACCAGUGUAGACUGAAUCCCCGGUCGAACAUCACCGACGAUGAUAAGAUCAGCUAUGCGGCACCAUACAAUGGACUCUGCUUCGGCUGUAAUCGUAAUCAGGAGUUGAAAAUCCAUCAGCUGGCUUCGUUCGUUCCGGAAGUGGAGGAAAACUACGACGAAGAAGUGAACGAGUACAGGCGGCAACUAGAGCAGGUCUACAAGUUGUGUUCCCGCUGUGAACGCGUGGUCAAGCGUACACUGAACGACGUAAAACGGAACAUCCUUGGCUCAAAGCUGGCUCAGAUCGGUACCAAGGGACUGAAGGUAUUCGAUUUGCACAUGCAAGCGAAUGAGAAGCAGAACACCUUCAGAAGACGAAGAACCAUUGCCGAUGUCUGUUUAGGAGUGAUUACGAUAUUGCUGUUGAUGAAACUUGGUCAAUGGGUAGCACAGGUUGAUCUGAGCAAAAAACGAUUGGAAGCUGUGCUAAGUCCAGAAGCUUCACAAAUAAUCCUUAUUGCAAUUUCUUACCUGGUAGCCAUUAAAGACACGCUGCUUGCUCAGUGGAACGGAAUCAUCGAACAACCCACCGUAGCGGACGGCAUAAUUCAACUAAAAUGUGCCAAAAGCUUCAUGUUCCACCAUUGGAGUCAGAAGUUAGAUAUUUCGGAAACCGUUUCCGAAGCCCUUCGCGAGAGCCCGGACAUAAUGGUCCAAAAGCAUGCACUGCCGAAUCUUGCCCUAAUUUGUCUCGCUGUAACGCUGUUGGCAAUGAAGUUGCAUGUUGGCAAUCUGAAGCCGUUGGUGCUGAUCGCAUGCAGCAGUAUUGAAUUGUUGCUCAAGACUGAUUACGUACAGGCAGUUUUCAGCAACCAGGUUCAAACUGAAUCAGUCGAGAUGCUGUUGGUGUUCAUCUCUCUGGUAACGGCUCUCUGUUGCAUCGGGCAAACUGCUCCCAAAAUUCAACCCUCGGACAAUGUCAACUCUAGCUUCCACAAGAUCUAUUCUCAGCAGGCAAAUGAUGUCGAUUGUUCAGACACCAUCGACGACACCAGCUCCAUUCUACAGGAUGCUUCCAUCUGCUCGCGCAAAGAGUAUCAAUCAGAGAAACCUCCGGGUAAUAAUCUAAGCGCAAAAUCGAUGGAUACCACUAAAUCCAUCAGUCCUUCGGCCCUGAGUGCAUCUACUGUGCGCCCAUUUUUGGAUAGUUCCUUCAGCAGUCAGAUUCAUUCGCCUUGGUCCCACAUGGGAGGAUCAGUUUUGAAUGUAAACCGAUUGAAUGCUACCUUCCACGAGCAAUCAAAUCGCAGUUUCAGUCGUUCAAAUCUUGUCCUGCCGGAAGCUUCCCUCUCCAAGACUCCAUCCAUUUCGGUCGAUAAUUUUAACACUGCCAUCGCCGGACCAAAUGACUCUGCUCACCUCGGUCAUGGUUUUUCCACAACUUCUCUCAAUAAUGCGACCCUCGUGGAAGAGGACCGAUUUGGAAAUGACAUCGACCGUCUGAGCAUAAGUGGUCGUCUUUCGGUAAUGCAAAAAGAUCUCACAAUGGUAAACAAUCCCUUCGCUACCCAUCACGUUGAUCGCGAUGACGACUGCUAUCUGCGCCAACGGAAGGUAACCAUUUCUCCUCCCCAACUAGGUACCGUAGCCGAAUCCGGUAGUUCCUGGAUCGCAGGUGGCUACUGGGGAAACUCUCCGCAGAAAAAUUAUCCAGACAGCAACAGUGAAGCUCCAAAUGGGGCAUUUAUCCAUCCCUACAUGUCUCGAACGUCAUCACAAAGCUCCGGCUUCGAAUCUCAACCAACACGUCGCCCAUCACCGGAAGAAUCAGCCGGUGUAGAUCUCGAUCGGGUAUCGCUCUUCUCCGAACCGACUGGAAUGUUUGCUUCCAAUGUGAGCAGCGUGUCUGCCUUCCAACAGCCGAACCCUCGUCUGAAUCAAACUUUCCAUUUACCGUUGCCACAGUCCUCACCGGUGCAUUCUCACGUGUCUUUCUUCAGUCGGCCUUCAAAUUACUCAACAAGUGGCCGUAGCCUAUUUGGAGAAUGUAACCUUUUCCAAUCGCAGCACAGCUCGCCGCAAGUGCCGUCGCAGGUCUUUCCUCCACAUCACUCGCAAACACCGACAUUUGGCGGCACUUCCAACCUAUUCGCCCAUGGGAGCUUUCCAUCCUCUCCGGGUGGACAUCUGGGGGGACCGAAGAAAGCCUUUAGCACUGUUGGCGGUGGCGGCAGUACGCGCCGCAGUCUACUGAAUCUGAGUAUGCUGGGGGGAUUGGCAGAAGAGGGAAAACGGGUCGAAGAGUAGAUUUGCGUUAGAUCAGUUUUUAUUUCGCCUUAGUUCGAUGUAAAUGUUUAGGUUUUUUUUUAUUAAUAAGUUCGUAAUAGUUGUGUUUGUUUUUGUCGUGAUAUAGACUGAUAAAUAGCGAGGUAUGAAAUUUUGUUCCGAAUGACAUAUUAUAUUAACAUUACUCAUCAAGAUAGUAACACAAUAAGUCAAUCACUAAGCUGGAAAAUAUGGGUGAUAGUCAUUACACAACAAAAGUUGGAAAAGUAAGCAACCCAUCGCAACUAACACUGCCACAUUUUUGUAAACUGCUACUGUAAUAUUACUUAAUUAAGUACAGGCAUUUUGGAAAGGGACAGAUAGGUACUUUAAUAAAAUAAAACAAAAAAAUUUCGGCCGCUAUUGAACCCGAGAUUAAACUAUUCG